AUGCUUGUUGCUUCGUAUAUACAAAGCAACAACAUUACCAUAGAAUACGAAACCACCAGAUAUAAAUCAGAGAACGAGAAUGCACCAAAGACAGUAGAACAGAAAGACCCAACUAACAGCAGCAACACCAUCAGCAACACCAUCAGCAACACCAGCAGCAACACCAGCAGCAACACCGUCAAUAACACCAGCAGUAAUACCAGAAACAAUACCAGCAGCAACAACAUCAUGAGCAAUGCCAUCAGCAGCACCAGAAGCAGCACCAGAAGCAACAUCAGAAGCAACAUCAGAAGCAACAUUAGCAGCGACACCAUUAGCGACACCAUUAGCGACACCAUUAGCGACACCAUUAGCAACCCCAGCAGCAACACCAGCAUAGAAAACCAAAGAACGGGCGACACCAGAGACCAGACAAAGUUUAAAGAAGCAACCGCCAGAGAUAGAGACCGAAGAAGCAAUCACCAGACAUGGUAA